AUGAAAUCCAUCCUGUUGGCAUGUGCCAUGUUUUAGGUAGGGUCUUCUUUUCAAUUCUGUUUUAACAAAUUGCCAAACUUCAGAGAACAUUUAAAGUACUUAAUGCACACUUUGGUACACAUUAUGUAUUAUGCCUUUGCAAAUUCCUGCUUUAGACUCAAUCUGAGUGUCUUCCGGCAGGGUUUGAGAUUCGGCUUGAUACCUUGGUAUCGAUCCAUUCAAAUCGUUUUGUCAAAUUAAAAAGUUGUUCCUGGUGUUUUGUUAGACAUGUUUCCGAUAUAGUCAGCACUAGUGGCCCAUCUAAUCAGCUCAAAGGUUUUGAUCUGAAAGAGUCAUUUGGUAAAAUAAAAUAAAUAAAAAGUAGGUAUUUCUUGAGUAAAUUGGAAGAGAAAUGGAAUAUUCUCUAAUGUCUAAGAGUAAUACAUUUAUGAGAAACAGGUUAAAUUUUCCACAAUUGAAGGCAUAAAUUUACAAUUUGGACAUUGAAAAAUUAGAAAUUAGUAAGGAAACAAAACUCUUAAUUUUGUCCACCCAGGAAAUGUCAUUCUGAUACAGGAAAAUAGCCCGGAUGUACUAACACUUUAGAAAAUAUCCCGAUGUGAAUCUCCUGAAUUUCCCACUAAAAUCCUUGACAACUUCUGGUAUUUUUAUUUUUUCCGUAAAUAUCUGUUUUUAUCCUCUCAGGAAUUUUCCGAGUUCUUUUUUUUUUCUUUCAUGCAAAUUUUAAGACUUUACAACGGUCAAGAAUAUACUAGUUUACUAGUGAAAACAUAGUAAAUUAUAUUAACUCAUUAUAUUUACUCAUUGAAAAUUAGCAAUUGGUUUCUACCCUUUAAUAUACAGGAAUAUUCUUUUUUUUUUUCAAAUGUGUGAAGUUAAUCUAGAAAGGUCUAUCUUUUUUUCGGCAGAAAUGUACUACUUCGUUCGUUCGUUAUUAUUAUUAUUUAUUCACAACGGCCCUAAACUUCCAUCGGAAAUCCGUCACCAACUUUUCAACACUCCUAGUUUUUGAGUCUUAUUGUUACAGUGACCAGUAGGUGGCAGCACUCAACUACUUUAUGGCUUCCAACCCCGGGGGGAAAUAAAUAAAGAAGAAGAAGACCGCGCUAGAUUUUAAAUGCUACUGUUGUUGAUGUGAGCCAGCGUGUGUGGGGCUCAGCUGGCUCAGCUCCGUCCUGUUCCUCACGGAAAUGCCCAAAACCUGUUGCGUGGACUCCUGCUUGAGCAGGCGGUCUGACUUCAUCUACCAUCGGUUUCCUGUCAGCGACCCGGAGCGACUGAGACAAUGGCUGUUUACGCUGGGCAUGGACCCGAACACCCCGGUCCACGUCGUCAGCAAGAUCUUCGUGUGCCAGAAACACUUCCAGCCGGACGAUUACCUAGAAACGGACUCCUGUGUGAGACGCCGAGGCCCCUUGCUCAAAAUCACCGCGGUCCCGACCGAAUGCGUCGACGACCUGUUCGGCGUUCCAUUCAGGCGCAAGGUGGGGCGUCCACCCUCAAAGAAAGCUACAGUUCUGAACAGAAUGAACAAAACCUCCGCUACUGCAGGAGUAGAAGCACAUUCAGUGUUUGACUGGGGCUCCUACCUGACGACUGAAGCAGCGCUGGCUGCUCCCGUCUCCGGCUUCGCGCACGCUCCACUCAGCUCUGACUGGGAUGAUGUGGUCGUCGGGAUGAAGGUGGAGGUCCUCAACACCAACGCUGUCCUGUCCAAUAAAGUCUACUGGAUUGCUACUGUUCUUCAGGUCGCAGGCUACAAAGCUCUGCUUCGAUACGAAGGCUACGAACACGACAGCAGCCAUGACUUCUGGUGCAGCAUAGUGUCGGGGGAGCUGAACCCGAUUGGGUGGUGCUCCAUGACCAGCAAGCUGCUGGUGCCGCCGCAAGAUGCGAAGAAUAUCUCCGACUGGAAAUUGUAUCUGAUGAAGAAGCUGGUGGGCUCCACCACUCUGCCCGUCGACUUCUACGUGAAGCUGGCGGAGAGCAUGAAGCCCUCUUUCAGGGUCGGCACACGCGUGGAGGUGGUGGACCCCAAACACGUGAGCCGCACCCGCCUGGCCGUCGUCGACGCCGUCGUCGGCGGCCGUCUCCGGCUGGUGUACGCCGACCAGAGCGACGUCCCCGACAACGUGGUCUUCGACUUCUGGUGCCACAUGUGGAGUCCUCUUGUCCACCCGCUGGGCUGGUCCAAGACCGUGGGUCACACCAUUAAAGCAUAUGGAAGCAACAUGGAAGCUUCAAGCAACCCAAAGGGAAACAGUGAAAAUGUGUUCCAGGGCCUCUUUAAAAAGCCCAGGAUCGUCUACAUGGGGGAGGGAUUCUUUGAGGAGGGAAUGAAGCUGGAAGCCAUUGAUCCUCUAAAUCUGGGAAACAUCUGUGUCGCCACUGUUCACAAGGUGCUGCUGGACGGUUACCUCAUGGUGGGCAUCGACGGGACGGAGCUGAACAACGGCGCCGACUGGUUCUGCUACCACGCCUCCUCCCACGCCAUACUGCCCAUCAACUUCUGUAAAAGGAACGACAUCACCCUCACCGGGCCCCGAGGUUCUGAUCCUCAGACUUUCACCUGGGACAAAUAUCUGCAGGAGACAAAAGCAACGGCUGCACCAGCACGACUGUUUAACACUGACAACCCAGGCCACGGUUUCUCCCCCAACAUGAAGCUGGAGGCCGUGGACCUGAUGGAGCCGCGGCUGGUGUGCGUCGCCACGGUGAAGCGCUGCGUGGGCCGCCUCCUGCUGAUCCACUUCGACGGCUGGGAGGACGAGUUUGACCAGUGGGUAGACCACCAGUCUCCAGACAUCUACCCCGUCGGAUGGUGCGAGCUGGUGGGCUACCAGCUGCAGCCGCCUCCAGGACUCGGUGAAAACAUCUCACAUUUGACUGAAAACCACUCGGCGCAGUACAAGAAGCCCAAACCCAUCGUGCACGGCAGAAAGAGAAGAAAGUACGGUAGGAAGCGGAUGAUCCAGGAACAAGCGAGCGACGCCUCUAACGAGCUGCCAGAAAGUUCUCAGAGUAGUCAGCCGGAGAUCCCAGCCAUCAAAACUGAAGCGGAGGAACAAGAGAUCGCCCCGGUCCAGGUGAAAGUGGAGGAGAUGGAGACUCCUAUCGAGAAUCCUCACAAGACUCGGCAAGCCUCACUGAGACCUGUAAAGCAGGAGAAGACGGAGCAGCAGGCGGAGUCGAUGCAGUCCGGCCGAGAGGAGGUUGGAUCUCCGAAGGAAAACUUAAGAGAAACUACCGUUCAGAGUGAAAACAAAAACACAGAUCAAGAAGGCUUGAAGGCCGGGAGUCGAGAAAACGACAGCAGCCAGAAUGAGAUGUGGGAGAGCAACACUGAGCAGGACCGGGCCGGAGAAACUGAGGACAUAGACGUAUGAGAGGGAGAGGCUUUCACAGACAAUGAAAACCUCACAAGUUUAGAACAAAAUAUUAGUUUUGA